AUGUUCCGCUUUGAUUAUUCCCGGGAGUUUUUGAGGUGGGCUUUGCUUCCACCCGGAUGGCAUCCAACUUGGCAUGUGGGCGUCCGUGUCAAGUCCAAUAAGAAACUCGUAGCCUUUAUUACGGCUGUCCCAGCGACCUUGCGUGUUCACAUGGAUUCCACCAGCUAA